CAGAAGCCUGGCGAGUGACACGCACUGUUGUGUUUUGCAACAAAAUGAACUUGAUAUGAUGUCUCAUUUCCCACAGGCAACACAAGAUGGUAUAUAAGGGCUCUGGGCUCAGAAGUCCUCAAACCACAGCACUUCACUUCUCCUCCUCAUUGAGACAGGUUUGCCUCUCUGUCCUAAAGAUGUCCUUCUGGAGCCAGCAGCUCAGCUCCCGCUGCCUGCCACCCUGCGAGGUGACCUGCCCACAGCCCUACGCUGAUGCCUGCAGCCAGCCCUGUGUCACCUCCUGUGGGGACUCCAGAGCCGUUGUCUACCCCCCACCUGUGGUCAUCACCUUCCCAGGCCCCAUCCUCAGCUCCUGCCCUCAGGAGAGCAUCGUGGGCAGCUCAGCCCCGCUGGGGCUGGACCAGCCGAGGGGCCUGCAGGGCUCCACCAUCUACGGGAGCUCUUUGUCCUCCUUCCAGCAGGGCAGGAGCCAGCGCUACAGGGACUGCAGGCCCUGCUGAAGGUGUGCAGGGGUAGAGAAACCAUGAGGAACCGACAGCAGGAGCUGAAGGUGUGGCAGAGCUGAGGGUCACCCCAAAGCCCUGCUUGCCCACAACUGCCAGGUGUUCCCUUGGGCCCUGUGGGAACCACCAGUCUAUGGAACCGCUCUUCUGCCUGCCUUCUUAUGAUCUUUCUGGCUUUAAAGUCGUAUUACUCAAAAAUGCAUCUCUUCAACUCUUAGAAAUUCAAGUCUUCAUUAUGCAAAGUGUUCCUCAAUGUUAAAGCAAUAAAAACUAGUAUUAUUGAAACUAA